UUAGUGCACGAGACGGCCAACGUAUAGCAUCGCUGCAGCAUCGCUGCGCGGCGUGCAAAAAACGAGGCGUGGGAGCAUCCCUAAGCUCGGAGAGGGCAGCAAGCACAGCACAAAGCAGCACAAGCACGCACAGAAAUGGCUCCGCCCGCAUGUGCAUCGGGCGACGUCGAAGCCUGUUUCCAGCGAAGUUUGGCGGACGGCACGCGCGCGGCGCCCGUCGCCGCCAUCGAAGCUUUACUGGGUGUGAUAGAAAGGAGCGGCGCGCAGACGAUGCACGGGCUGCAAGAUGAACUAUGUGAAGGAAGGAAGGCAUUAGUGGAGUUCUGCGAGCAGCGACCGGCGUGCCUCGGUGGGAGGACUGAAUUAGGCGUGUCGAGUGGCUGCGAAUUGUUUCUCAGACAUGUCACUAGAACAUUCUUAGAAUUCGGCGACUUCUCGGAAUGCCGGGACGAGAUUCUGCGAAGGGGCCGGGCCUUCGCGGCGCACGCGACGAACGCGCGCGACGACAUUGCUGGACAUGCUUCAAGUUUCUUGAGGGACGGCUCGCGAGUGUUAGUGCACGGCCGGUCGAGGGUGGUGCAGGCGACGCUCAAAGCGGCGGCGAAGAGUGGCGUGUCGCUGGAAGCGGUGGUCGUAAAUGGCGCGGACGACUGCGGCGCGUGCGUGGCCCAAGAACUGCGCGAGGAGGGUAUUACUACAAGAAUAAUCGCGGACGCCGCCGUCGCGCGGGAGAUGGAGGUCAUUGACGUUGUUUUAGUUGGCGCGGAGGCCGUCGCGGAGAACGGCGGCGUCGUCAAUAAAGUGGGGACGCUGACCGUGGCUUGUUGUGCUAGAGCCAUGCGGCGGCCGUUGUAUGUCGCAGCAGAAUCCUACAAGUUCGCGCGGGCCUUUCCGUUGGGCCAGCGCGAUUUACCAAAUGCUGACGUCGACUACACGCCCCCGGACUUCAUCGAGCUCCUCUUCACGGACCUGGGCGUGCUGACGCCGGCGGCCGUGAGCGACGAGCUGAUCCGGCUGUACCAGUAGUAACGUUCUUGUUUCUU